UUGGUGUUUAGUGUUUACUGGUCUGUGCUGAGUGUUGACUGCUGGGCGAUCAGUAAUUUGAUCGUGUGAAUGUCAAAUCGUGUGCGUUAUUUACUGGUCUGUGUCGUGUGCCGUCUGUCCAUCGUGGGUGUUACUGUUUCUGCCACUACCGGUAUCUAUUAAUCAGAACAUGUAUCAUAUGAAAAAUAUUGUAUCACAAGAACAGCUGUUAUUGUUGCCAAAAUGCAUGUACCAUAUACGAAAUUCCAUAGAAGAGUGCACGAAAGACGAAACGGAUAUAAAUAUUAGUGACCAGGUUAUCAAAAUUCUUAAGAAGAUGCCUAAUAGUCAACUAAGUGAAUUGGAAGAUAGACAAGAUAAAUUGCUUGCAAAAUUAGAUAUUCUUUAUGAAAGAAUAAAAAACAUCAGCCAUCUUUGCAAAAUUAAUACAAACGAGGAAUCAAAGAAGAAAGCUGUUAAUAAUAUAAUCCCAGAAGAAGUUGUUAUAGUGCUUAGUUCUAAUGCACUUCCAUGGUUUCUAAACAAGUUUUUGAAAGAAGUUAAACCGCUUAAUGUUACAUGGCAUCUUCAUUCAUCUGUGCCUACUGAGAAAAUACCAAAAAUUGAAGCUUUUUUUAGAAAGUAUCAAGAUUUGUAUAGACUGCAAAUGGGUGCUAAGAUUAAUCUAAGACUGAUUUUCAAAUGUGAAUCCACUAAACCAGAAUUAAAGUUCUCAUCUUUGGCCUUUCCAAUACUUGGUGCAGUGAAUAUCAUAAGAUACAUGUGUCUUAUAUUUGAUAACGUAGCUCCAUAUGACUAUUGUAAUCAUGAAGUAGAUGCAAUGUUAGACUUGUCUUAUCAGCUUGAAACAGCAUCAGAAAAGAGUAAAGCACUACUAAUUUCAAAAUUGUUUUUGGAGUGUAAGGAAUGGAUUCAUAGAGAUAUGUUCUCCAUCAUUGAUUUAGCAGUCUUCAAUGUUAUAAACCAAUCACAAAAUGGUAUUAAAUAUGUUCCAAAAAAAUGGUUCAACAAUUGUGAGAAAUUGAUAUUGUAAAUUUAAAUCAAUAAACAGUUUAACUGCGUUGAA